GCAGGGAUGCACAGGGAAGUGUCAGAGGAACCUACCACGGAAACUUUUCAUUGGUCGACUCAAACCAAGAGCCCGCCUCACUGUCGAGUAAAUGUAAAACGAUUGGUCUACAUUCACGUUAGCCCCGCCUCUGUCAAGUGUACGUCACAACGGGCGCUGGAAGUCCCGUAAGUAGAGAUGAUGUUGUGGUUAUCCAUGCCGCCGCCUCCCUAAGUGGUAUCUAUCGGGUGCGGAGGACCGACCGAGACGGAGAGAGAGAGCUCCCCACGCAUGGAGCUGAGCUCGGACCCGGUGGGGGCUUCCCUGGAGAUGUCGCAGGUCAAAAGCAACGACGAGCCUUCCGACAGCGACUACGAGAGUUUGCCACCUCAUGUCUCGGUGGCGACCCACAUGACAGCGGGAGCCGUGGCUGGCGUGCUGGAGCACACCGUGAUGUACCCCGUGGAUUCUGUCAAGACAAGGAUGCAGAGCCUGCAGCCAGAGCCCAAUGCACAGUACAGGAGUGUGUAUCAGGCUCUGAAAAGGAUCAUCCAGACGGAGGGGAUGCUCAGACCGCUGAGGGGCCUCAACAUCACAAUGAUUGGAGCGGGGCCCGCACACGCGCUCUACUUUGCCUGCUACGAACGGGUCAAACGUUCACUAAGUGACGUCAUUCAGAGUGGCGGAAACAGCCAUUUAGCCAAUGGUGUGGCGGGUAGUGUGGCCACCGUUCUCCACGAUGCAAUCAUGAACCCUGCUGAGGUGGUAAAGCAGAGGAUGCAAAUGUACAACUCCCCGUACCGAGGUAUUUGGGACUGUCUCCAAACACUAACGCGCAACGAAGGUUUGGGCGCCUUCUACCGCAGCUACAGCACGCAGCUGACGAUGAACAUCCCCUUCCAGGCCGUUCACUUCAUCACCUACGAGCUGAUGCAGGAACAGUUGAAUCCUCACAGGCUGUACCACCCCGGCAGCCACAUCGCGUCGGGAGCGGCGGCGGGAGCCCUCUCCGCGGCGAUAACCACUCCCCUCGACGUGUGCAAAACUCUGCUCAACACGCAGGAGAACGUAGCGCUCAGCUCCGUCAACGUCAGCGGCCACUUGUCGGGGAUGGCGAACGCCUUCAGGACGGUGUACCGGCUCGGCGGAAUGGCGGCCUUUUUCAAAGGGGCCCAAGCUCGGGUUAUUUACCAGAUGCCCUCCACUGCCAUCGCCUGGUCAGUGUACGAGUUCUUCAAGUACUUCCUGACUAAGCAGCGGCAUGAACGGGAGGCGGGACCUCGGCCGAGGUAGUGGAGAGUGUUUUGGGCGCAAACCACAAAGAUGAUUUUAACCCCGGAGCUUUGGGAUCUCAUCGUCUCACGGGGAAGUCGUCAUGGUGAGGCAUCGGCAGCAACCAGGAUUACGCAACAGAGAUUUCAAUGCGUAAAAGGACAGCCGCACAAGGAAGAGUCUCCAUCUUUUUCCUCCUUCACCCCACAAACACUUCUUUUUUUAAAACGUGGAAUGAAGUUGUCUUGAAUGAUGUGUAUAUAUCUUAAUGUUGGACCUUUUUAUUUAUUUUGUUAUGCGUCAGGGGCUUCUAUUUUUUUUACGGAUGUGGUGGAAACACAAUGCUGUUUGUUUUGUUUAUUUUGUAUUUACAGAAGAGAACACGCAUUCACAUGGCAAAUUCCUCAUUUUCACUCCAGCUGCGCUUUCCAAGUGCCUCAUAAAUAUUAAACACCACUUCACCAUGUUUGCCCCUUGCUUUUUGACACCGGAAAUCCAAUUUCCAUGUUUAUUUUUUCUAGCAGAAAGGUGUUUUAUUCUGAAAUAAGAUUACAUGUUAUAGGGGCUCCUUAUGCCAUAACAUUCUUAACUGAGUUGGGUAUUGUCUAUGCACCACACUGUCAAAUGCCAGUAAUCUGCACUCCUGUUUUCUUUAAAUGCAAAGUACACGUUUCCUACUGAGAGACCCUCCUUCUCUCUCAGUAUCAACGUCUGUAGGUGGUAAUAGUCCAGCAAUUGGCAUUGUUAAAAAAAAAGUAGCAUUUCUGAGAAGGCGUGAGUCCAAAGGUGGAUCGAAUAAGGCUGAUUCGGGAUGUUUUCUGUGUCCCAACCAUGCAUUUGUACUGGUUUGUGUCAUAAUGACCUUGAAACUAAAGGUUGCAGUAGGAGGACUUUUUACAGUAGGAGUGAUCAUUUAAAUGCAAACUCGGUGAUUCAAAAUGCAUCCAACUUUUAUUUUAUUUUGAAAUUGGGGGACUUCUUUGUGACCAUCAGACCAGUAACGGUCUGAUCAGCUUAAGCAGACAAAGCUGUUUCUUUUAUUGUCACUCAUCCUGUUGUAGUUUCACAUUUACUAUCUGCUCUUUGCUCUCGCCAAAUUCUUGAAUAUUUUCCAUUCCGUAGUCAAAAAAUUCCUCCAGAUGCUCAUGUUAUCCAGCCAGCAGUUAGAUUUAUUUGUUUUUAAUCAUGGAGGAUUUUUUUUUUCCCUCCCUUUGGUAAAGUUAAGAGUUUGUCGAAUUCCAGUGGUCCCACAAACCCUCAGAUUCUUUGCUUGUAGAGUGUCACUAUACCAAAGACAUGCAUUCUAUGCAUCUUACUUUUAACCUGUGAUUGCAAUCCCUUUGGCCUGCCUGCGUGACGUGUCAUGCCAUCUAUUGCCACAUUGUUUCCGACCAAAGUAAUCUUCAAAUGUUUAAUCACUUAAAUUCUAAAUCCUCAAGAGGCUUGAAGUGGGAGAAGUAUUUUAUGGCUCAGUGUUUCCAUUUUCCCCCCUUUUGACUUUCAGUACUACAGGAAAAGCAAAAAUUGUAUGAUUUUUGGCAAGGUAUUUAAUAAGUUUGGAAAAUAACAUGAUCUGUAUUGUGUCUCAAUGAGCAGAGAUCCAUGUUAUUCUUUCGACGGAAUUAGUUUUCUCUGUUUGUGGCCCGCAUUGUGUUUAUUUUUGUUCAAUUGAGUCUACUGACAACUCAAGCAGAUUAUAUUAUUUUUAUUUAUUUGCAUUAUAAUCAUUGCUUUUCCUCCCCCUUUUUUUUAAAAUUCAUUCCCAAACUGUUUUGCAACACUUUUGUCCUGUACUAUUAAAAUGUCAAAUUGUUUCUUUACCUUUUAAAAAAUGACAGGAGAGCUAAUAUUCUAUGAAGGUUUUCAUCAUGUAAAUAGUUUUAGUAUGCACAAAUAAUUUUAAUGGGAGCUGGGAUGUUUUUUUGAAAGAUCGCCAUGUCCAGAACAGGAAUGCUGGAAAGUAUGAUCAUGCAAAUAUGAAAUGAUAGUGAUAAUGCUGCUGCAGUAUGUAACACUGGACCUGAAAUAAACAUGCAAGUGAGGAAUGCAG